AUGAAGAAUAAGAAGGGUAGUCGCCGCAACAGCAAUAAAUCAGCAGCUCACAAUAACCACUUACUAGCAGUGGAUAGGUUUACCAAGCUUCCUGAUGAUCUCCUGCUCAACAUCCUCAACCGCCUCAACACGCCCCACGCCGUCAGAACCUGCCUCCUUUCUAAGAGGACGCUCCACCUCCGACAUUUGCUCUCAAACUUGCACGUUUGGGUCACUUCCUUUGUGCCUGAUUGUGGUUAUGUCACUUUCAAGGAUUUAAUUCGGAUGAACGCUGCGGUAGCCGAUGCAACAGACAACGUUCUCACUUUCAGAAGCCAAGAGAUUCCCCUUCGCCAACUCAGCAUAGGCUUCUUCUUGAAAUACUACGACUGUCUCACCCUUGGUAAAGCUGUUGCCCGAGCCAUGGCCACCCACAACCUCCACAACGCUGAAUUCAUUAUUGUACCAGAGAAGAUGCUACAAUAUUGCACUAUUGAUGAUCACCGCCGCAAUGGGAAGCAUCUCAUGACAUUUUUUGAUGCAUGUACUGAUGCAUUUGCCGGCCUUACACGUCUCUAUCUACGCAACUUAAAGCUUGCUGAAAAUGACAUUCCGAACAUCAUCGCCACAUGCAAACGACUAGAGUAUCUCCGUUUGUCCAUGUGUCAAACAGAAGAUAGUGUGUUGCACCUGCAGGUGGAACACCCACGGCUUGUUGAGCUUGAUAUCUCCAGUGCAGGCUUAGAACUAGUUGAGCUCAACUCCCUACCGAACCUCAAACGGCUGGUUUUUAGUUUGUGGCUCUGUCCCCAAGAACCCUUGUCUUUUGGCAACAUCCCAUUGCUUUCAAGCCUAAGCCUCACUAAUGUUUGGGUUCAGCCAGGGUGCCCGAAACUUUUGUCGCCGGUUCUCCAGAAUCUGCAAUUUUUGAAUCUGGAAAAACUCCCUGAAGGAUGUGAUAUAGCUUGGACAAGAUUCUUCCUCGAGGCUGCACCUAACCUAAAGGAGGUAUGCAUCACAGUUUGGGACCAUUGGUGUGAUAUGGAGAUAGACAAGGUGGAACGGGAAGAACAGGGUUACUGUGACAAAACAAACGUGGAGUGGGAGUCAUCUGCACCUGAUGGUUUCAGGCAUCACAACCUGACUAAGCUCACCAUUUAUGGUUUCCAACCAAAUGAGAACUUCAUGGGAUACAUGAGGCACGUCAUGGAAGCCGCAGUUAACCUAGAGGAGAUAUCCUUAUACGACAGGAAGGUCCUCGAGUGCUGUGAAGACUUGGAUCCAAAGAUCGAGGUUGCUCCAUCAAGAUAUCCCCAGGUCAUCGAGGAACAGGAGUUGCUGAGGGAGCAAAUUACAGAGGGAUUGGUGAUGGCGUCACCUCAUAUAAUUCACUUCCGGUCUUAA